CACAGCUUGAAUGCUAACUAACAUGGUGUGCAACGAGUCAGAGUCUCGAGGCUUGUCCACCCAUACACACACACUCGUGUUCUCAUUCAUCCACAGUACGCUACGCUACAGUCACAUUGAACGGCCCUCUCCUCAACACAUGCAGCUUGUCAGCACAACUGCAUAAUACAAAACAGACACGUCUGUAUCCACAUUCACAAACACACACGCGCAUCAUCAUCCCAUUACGUGUGUGGCCCUCUCACCUUCAUGGUCUAAGGCGCCUGGCCGUCAAGCACGAUAACCGCGAUCAGCUCGAGGACGCUGCGCGCCAUGGCGGCCGUCAGGGGGCACCGCUGUAGAAAGGGCGCAUCAUUGGCCACACCUGCUGCUGGCGCCUCGGUGGUACGAAUGGUGACGCGCACUGUAUGCAGACAAGAGCGGAUGAUCAGACGACACGACAGCAUGAGCACACGCUGUGCAUACGUGUACGUACCAUUCUGGUUGUCGCCUGGUGGGAUGUCAAAGUUAAUCCAUGCGAUGAAUGGGUCGGCAGCCGUUGUCAGCACAUGCAGCUGCCCACAGGCCCCAUUUGGCGCCUCCCAUGUCAUCACAUCCGCGCAUCCAUUGGGCGGUGUGUAUGGCGAUCGAGUCAUGAUGCAGUCGAGAUGGCCACCACGCACACGCCUGACAGACAGAGACGUUCAUAUUAGCACAAAGCGUACGUCCAUCGACUCACCGGUCCACCAGCACUGCUGGCGAGUAGGUGAAGCCGCUCACAGCCUGCACCCGGUAACGCAGCACCACCUCCUUCAGCAUGCAGCUCGCCGAUGUGAAAACAGGCCCGUUGUUGACGCCAACCGUCGCCCAGCCCACACCAUGGUGCCACCGAAUGCGGCUGCGGACUGGCGGGUCAUGCGGCUUGGCGUGGUGAGUGAAGGGGUGUUGCGAGAAGGGGUGGACGGGGCGGUUGGGGAGGAGGACGGGCGGGUUGAUGGUGAGGGCGAAGCCGGGCUCGUUGCGGAUGGCGCGAAUCUCGUUGUUGUGGCGGAACAGCUCGAGUGUGCCGUCCUGCUGGCCGGUGGAGCGGCGGAAGGUCACACGGCGGCCGACGAGCAUCCACUGCGCACAGAAACGGGGCAGCGCAAGGAAAUCCUGCAGUCAACACACACUCAUCCAGCAGCUCGCCCACUGCCUCUUCUGUAUGUUGUGCUUAUCGCCUUGAUGGCGUAUGUCUGCAGGUCUCCAGCACCCACAGUGACCGGCAGCUGGCAAUAGCGGCACUGCUUGGCGACUCUGGGUGUGUCGCCCACCUCCCCCCAGCCGCCCUCGCCCUCCUCCUCCACCAUCCACAUGGCCUUCAUCACAUCGCCGUGGCUCAGCUGAUCGUCGAAGUGCACCACACCAGUCAGCCCCGCCCGCUCGAUGGCCUUCGGCAGCCGAAGGCGGCGGACAAUCGGCCGGAGGGCAUUUCUGGUGGGUCGGGCUGUCGACUUGAGGUGGGCGAUGGCAGUGAGGUCAGACAGUGCCAGGAUGAUGCUCAUGGGGUUGGCAGGGAUGUCAUUCAGGUGCAGCCGUCGCGCCUGAUGACACACAGACAGAAGGACAUACACAGACAGCACAUAAGAGGUGCACCCCACAUCAGUGUGGGUCUUGUGUGUGUGCCUGCCCGUGGUCACUCCCCCACUCACAUAUGUGCGGCGAUGUCUUGUGAGUGCGAUGGUCGAGUUGAUGGUCUCUGCCAACUCGGCCAGCAGGUCGGACACAGCAGCAAACUGACGACUCACCUUGGCCACCGUCUGACCAAUAAAUCAACACGACGAGAGCAAGCCAAGCAAAGAAGACUCCACAGACACACAGAGGGCCUUGUGGUGUGUGGUGUGGUUGGCAGCCUGCCGCACCAGUGGUGCCAUCGAAGCAGCGGUGUCCAUCUGCAGAAGUUGGUCGAUGCAGCUGUUGACCUGCACACACACACACACACGCCCACCACACACACAAGCAAGCAGCCGAUGAGCUUUGGAUGCACUGCAUGGAAUGGACGAGUCGGUAUGUGUGUUGGUCAGCUGAUACCUGAGCCUGCUUCAGCCGAUAGCCUUCUACCCGGGGCAGCAGCUGCGCCUGUAUCGCUGCCAUCGUCUGCAGAGAUUCGCACGACAAAGCCACAGACAAACAUGCCAUGGAUCAGAUCACGCGCUCUGCUCAUGCUUUGCUUGGCCUGCAGGCUUCUCUUCCCUCACCUCAGUGGUGACGCCGUCCAUCGUCCAAGCCACUGGCCCUCAAGGCAUAUGAAUCAAACUGAUCCUUGGAUGCUUCAACAGGCUUUGCUCGCCUCCGUCAUCACAGGAGUAUCAUCGAAUCCCCUCCUCCACCAACCACCAG